GGUGGGAGAGCGCGCGCUCGCACGAGCGGGACAGAAUCAGAGAACGCUGUCCCAUCAUGCACCGCGUGCCCCCUCUGUCUCACCCACAGCGCGAGGAGACUCACAUCCAGUGAAAGAACUAAUGGCGGCCGGGAACUCCGCACUGCUCUGACACGGAAUCCACACAGCGCACUACUACGGCCGAGGCUGCGGGUUUCCUCCAGGGCCCUUUUUUCCCCUCUCCCCCCCCCGAAAAAUUAAAAAAAGAAAAAAAAAAACCUCACAGCGCUUACCCGAACUGCGUAAAGGGGAAACUGUCCGAAAACAGGGUUCGACGACGGCUGCUCGGGUUUCUCUUUUUAAAAUGGAUGAACACCCCGGAGGAGUAGGAAUGGCCGCUCCGAGACCGCAGCAAACGCCUCAGCUGAGCAAUAACAACAACGCAAAUCCUCCGACGGGAGCGGGAGGUGGCGGAGUGAUGGUGCCACAGCAGGACGAUGUGCCCCGACCUCAGCAGUACACUAUCCCGGGCAUCCUGCACUACAUCCAGCACGAGUGGGCCCGCUUCGAGAUGGAGAGGGCGCACUGGGAAGUGGAGCGGGCCGAAUUACAGGCACGAAUAGCAUUCCUACAAGGAGAAAGAAAAGGUCAAGAAAAUUUAAAGAAUGAUUUAGUUAGAAGAAUAAAAAUGUUAGAAUAUGCUUUAAAACAAGAAAGAGCAAAGUACCAUAAAUUAAAAUACGGAACAGAAUUAAAUCAAGGUGAAGUAAAGAUGCCCAGCUUUGAUACAGAAGAAUCCAAAGAUUCAGAGGUCCCUGCUGUACAUCAGUAUGGUCAGUUAACGUGGAAACAGGGCCGACAGCUGCUCAGGCAGUAUCUUCAAGAAGUAGGUUACACAGACACAAUAUUAGAUGUGAGGUCUCAGAGAGUCCGGUCAUUACUGGGACUGUCUGGAUCGGAGCAAAAUGGAUCAGUUGAGACAAAGAACCUGGAGCAGAUUCUUAAUGGAGGAGAGUCUCCUGCCAAACAAAAGGGACAAGCUAUGAAAAGAAAUCCAGGAGAUGUGCUGGAAACAUUCAAUUUUUUAGAAAAUGCUGAUGACAGUGAUGAAGAUGAGGAUGAGGAAGGUGACCUGGUAGAUGACAUCUCAGACAGGAGAGAAAAGCACAGAAUAAACAAGCAUAAAAUUAAGAUUGGUAAUGAGGGCCUGGCGUCUGACCUUCCAGAUGACCCUGACACGGAAGAAGCGUUGAAGGAGUUUGACUUCUUGGUUAAUACAGAGGAUGGGGAGGGUGCUGGGGAGGCUAGGAGUUCAGGAGAUGGGACCGAGUGGGCUGAACCCUUGCCAUUCCCUACUGGUGGGGGCAAGUCCUUCAUUAUGGGCUCUGACGAUGUACUGGAAAGUGUCCUCGGCCUGGGGGACUUGGCAGAUUUGACAGUGUCCAACGAUGAGGCUGAAUACAGCUAUGAUCUGCCAGCCAAUAAGGAUGCCUUUAGGAAAACAUGGAAUCCUAAGUAUACCUUGCGAAGCCACUUUGAUGGUGUGCGUGGCCUGGCUUUUCACCCCGUGGAGCCAGUCCUGGUGACUGUCUCAGAAGACCACACUCUUAAGUUGUGGAACUUACAGAAGACUGUUCCCGCUAAAAAAAGUGCCUCUUUUGAUGUGGAGCCCAUUUAUACCUUCAGAGCUCAUAUUGGACCUGUUCUAUCCCUGGCAGUCAGUUCCAGUGGUGAGCACUGCUUCAGUGGGGGGCUUGACUCCACAAUACAGUGGUGGAAUAUUCCGAGCUCCAGUGUCGAUCCCUAUGACACCUAUGAUCCCAGUGUGUUACGUGGUACGUUGCGGGGACACACAGAUGCAGUGUGGGGGCUAGCCUUCAGUGGGAUGAAGAAUCGACUGCUGUCCUGCUCUGCUGACGGGACUGUGCGACUUUGGAAUCCAUCAGAGAAGUCACCUUGCAUUACCACUUACAACUUAGACAAGGAGUAUGGUGUCCCCACUUCAGUGGAUUUUAACGGUUGUGAUCCGGCCCACAUGGUUGCCUCCUUCAACACGGGCAACACUGUCAUCUAUGACCUGGAGACCUCACAGCCUAUUGUCGUAUUUAAUGCCCAGGGGGAGAGCAAUUUCCCUUCAGCAAAUCACAUCAACAAGGUUGUGAGUCACCCAACCCUGCCUGUUACCAUCACAGCUCAUGAGGACAGACACAUCAAGUUCUUUGAUAAUAAAGCAGGAAAGCUCAUCCAUGCUAUGGUGGCACACCUGGAUGCUGUCACCAGCCUGGCCGUGGACCCCAAUGGGAUAUAUCUCAUGUCAGGAAGCCAUGACUGCUCAAUUCGCCUUUGGAACUUGGACACAAAGACCUGUGUGCAAGAAAUUACUGCACACCGCAAGAAGUCUGACGAGUCCAUCUACGACGUUGCCUUCCACCCGUCAAAGGCAUAUAUAGCGAGCGCUGGAGCCGAUGCUUUGGCCAAAGUUUUCGUGUAACAGUCUUGUGCCUGAUCUAGGUAGGGCAUAGGAAGGGUACACUGCCUUGUGUAACAACAGUACUUCUUGAACACUACAUGGGAGCUGCAACCUCCCAAAACCAAUGGUCUGCACGGUGGAAAGAUACCAGGAAAAGGAUGUUCUCAGUGGGGGGUAGAAACAAUUUCACUUAUAACUAAUUACUCUAACUCUAUUUACUGUAAGUUAAAGCAGGAUAUGCCAGUAUUUGUAGUCUUUGACUGGACCUCUAAAAAUUUAUUCUUGUAGGUGUAUUUCAGUUACUGUUCUAACAUGCACAGCAGUGUGCUACCCUGUAACUGGGAAUGGGGGGUGAGUCUAUUGUGAAAAGUGACGUCUCGCUCACUCGGCCACUUGGGCCUCAAUAGUCCACAAGUUACCCUCUCGGUUUUCAUGUAGUGCAAAACAGUUUAAAUAAAACAUUAAAGUAAAUAAUAAAUUGCAGACUUUACUAUUAGUUUCCUUAUGUUUUUGUGUAAAAUAUAUAUAUAUAUAUAUAAAUAUAUAUAAUUUUUAUAAAUCUUUUUAUAUAAAUGAAGCCUGUGCUAACAGCGCUAAACAUUGUUUAAAGAAAAAAUAAGGGGAGUGUCAUUCCCAUGUGAACCCUCCGGCAUAUGUAAGUCUUGAUUGCUCCCGUUUUCCUACACUCACACUUUACCUGUCACUGACGCAGCUGGUCAAGUCCUGAGUGCUAACUUACAGAUUUUAAAAACCGUAAAGUUACAAGAUCACAGAUUUUAGGAGGAACAAAAGAAGCGGGGUUCAUGGCUUACUGUGAGCUCUUUUUAAAAAAUAAAAUGCAGCAUCCUAUCACUAUGUGAUAUUUUUGUACAUCUUAUUGUAUUUACAAGUUUAUUUAUCAUGGGUUAGACAUCUUAAUGCCAUUUGCUUGUUAUUUAUUUCACUUACUGUUAGUCUUACUUUGUUUUUCUAAUAGGCAGCAAGCCUAAAGAUAUCUGUAAAAUUUGGCUUUUUCAAGGUUAUUGAAACAAACUGAAAGCAAAAAAAAAUCAGUGUUGAUUCAAAAAUGUUUGUAAACGCUAAUUAAACAAACUAAUGUGGUCUGAUUUUGUUCCUCAGAACUUUUAAAUCAAUGCUUAGUAGCAUGGGUAAGAAGGGAGGUUUUCUUUUUCCCAUCUGUUAGUUUUUAUUUUAAAGGACUGUAAGAAGCAUUGAUUAUUAAGCACGGUUCAGAAUUUGUUUUGGUUCACUUUUAUUUUUGAAAUUAUUUUAAAACAUAAUUCAAUUACUGGUGUAACUAAAGACUUUUUUGUUUCUGUAAUGCAUGAUGAGUACAAUAAAGGUAUUUUUUCUAGUCUUCCACAAA